AUUGAGACACAGCCAUCGAAUGGAGGGAGAGGAGGCGGCGGCCAUGUUGUAGCCGCUGAGCGUCGAAGCAGUAAAAUUGACAGAAACGGUUCAGAUCGGCUCCACUGACCAUACGACUUGGAAAGACCAACCUAAGCACCCCGGGACAAGUAGGGAUAAGUCGGCGUUGCUGUCCGCACGGCUCGGGCUGUUCCUCCUGUUUUCUGCUCUAAGCUAGGAGCUGCGGGAGAGGAACCAUGAGCGGCGGGACUCCUUAUCUUGGCAGCAAAAUCAGCCUGAUCUCUAAGGCCGAGAUCCGUUAUGAAGGGAUCUUGUACACGAUUGACACCGAGAACUCCACGGUGGCUCUGGCUAAAGUCCGCUCCUUCGGCACAGAGGAUCGUCCCACGGACCGGCCCAUCCCACCACGAGACGACACCUUUGAAUACAUCAUCUUUAGAGGAAGCGACAUCAAAGAUCUGACAGUGUGUGAGCCACCCAAACCAACAUGCUCCCUGCCCCAGGACCCGGCCAUAGUCCAGUCUUCCAUCAGCUCCAGCUCAUCAUCGACUGCCUCAGCUCCAACUCCGUUUCAGUCCGCCACCUCCUACGGCCUUUUCAGCCGAGCUCAGGCUCCCUCCUACAACCAGUUCAGCACCAGCCCACUGGUCUCGCCCCAGUUUGGAGCCGUCGGUGUGACCUGCAGCAGCCCAAACGUAGACCCUUUAGGGAAGACCUCCAUCCUGGACCAGGCAACCAAGAGCGGCCCAUCUACCUCAGGGCCAUCUGCAACACCGUCAACUCCCGGAGUGGGCUGCACAGCGCCCCCAGGUCCAGGUCAGAACCAGAAGGUUCAGCAGCAGGACAGAUUGGAUGAGAAGAGAGGAGCAGAAGUCCAGAACCCCCACAGAACCGAAGGAGAGCAGGCUCGAGGAGAAGGCAGGGAUCCCACUAAAUGUCCAACAGCUGUUGGAGCUCAACGCCGCGGCCGAGGGGGAGGACACCGUGGCCGGGGGCGCUUCAACCUUCGCAGAGAUGGACCUAUGAAGUUUGAUAAAGACUUUGACUUUGAGAGCGCCAACGCCCAGUUCAACAAGGAGAUUGACCAGGAGUUUCAGAGCAAACUGAAGCUGAAAGAUGAGAAGACUCUGAACGGAGAGGACAAAGUUCACUCUGGACAGGAAACCCACAACAGUGAGGGCAACGCCGGCAAUGAGGCUGACCCGCUUGGACCCAACUGCUACUAUGACAAGUCCAAGUCAUUCUUCGACAACAUCUCCUGUGUUGACACCAGGAAAGCCAAUGAGAAGUCCGGUGGUUCCGCGUUUCCCCGGGAGCGGAGGCAGACCUGGGCCGAGGAGAGGAGGAUGAACGCUGAGACUUUCGGCAUUCCUCUGCGGCAGGGCCGAGGCCGUGGGGGGUAUCGAGGACGCGGGCUUCUUGGCUUUCGUGGGGCCCGGGGGCACCCUGGUGGGCGAGGGUCCUUUGGGUCCCUGCAGGGCAGUGGUGGCUUCAGGGGAGGUUACCGUGGAAACCAGGCUGGCCAGGAGUUUGCCAACUUACCGUACAGGAAGGACAACAAAGUGGCUGCGUAGUUGCACAAGGAGGGAGAUGCUUCUUGAGCUCUGGAAGAAAACGAACCUCUUGAGUUUAUUUUGUCCCCUAAAGGACGAAGCCUGUCCCAGAGUUUGUCACCAGCACUAGAGUUGACGUCAUGGAUGCAGCUUAACGUUUCAUCUCCAUCAGUGGCUCCAGAAAUUUCCUUAGAAAAGGCGUAGUUUGUGUUGUUGGCUGUGGAGGAUUGUCCUGGAGCUCUGCUGGCUCACUCCAAUGCUUCCUGUCAUGGCCGGGUCUUCUCCAUCUCACUGCUCCUUGUUCCCAUCCCACUACAUUACUGGUUUCUGUGGUCUUUUCUGGCUCCCGGUUCUGGAUGAUUUUAGAUCUUGUGUUAAUGAGCUGCUGAGAUGAUCAAGAACAUCUGAAUUGGCCCGUUUCAGCAGAAUGACUGAGUUUUGAACUCAUGGUGACGAUUAAACGUUAAAGGAUUAAA